AUGGACCAACAGCCUGAAUUAUACUCAGAUUCAUUAAAGUUACCAAAAACAGAUCCCACUCGUUGGAGACUUUUCACAAAUGAAAAAGAUGGUGCUGAAUUUUGGGAAUACAAAGACUCUGCAAAGGCUUCCCCCAAACAAUCAACCUAUGUAAAAUAUCUACUAAAUUUAUCUGAUCUUUCUGAAGAAUUGCCAGGAUUAAAAAAUACAAAAACAGCCAGGGAUUCUUGUUAUAAUGGUGCAAGAUAUUUUCAACUAUUACAGGCCCCAGAGUCAGGUGUUUUUCCUUGUCAAUACAAAGGUCCCAUGUUUAUGACCAUUGGCUAUAUAGCUACGUGCUAUAUUGCCAAAGUCCCAAUUCCUGAACACGUAAAAAUUGAAUUGGUAAGGUAUAUAGUCAACACAGCUCAUCCGGUCGAUGGAGGCUGGGGGCUACAUUCAGUUGAUAAAUCUACUUGCCUAGGAACUGUUUUAAAUUAUGUUUCCCUUAGAUUGUUAGGCCUACCAGCAGAUCAUGAAGUUUGUGUGAGAGCUCGUAGAACUCUAUUAAAAUUGGGUGGUGCUAUUGGCGCUCCACACUGGGGGAAAAUCUGGUUAGCUUUAUUAAACCUAUAUGAAUGGGAGGGUGUAAACCCAGCACCACCUGAAUUAUGGAUGUUGCAAUAUUGGGUUCCAAUCCAUCCAGCUAGAUGGUGGGUUCAUACAAGGGCAAUCUAUUUGCCUGUCGGUUAUUUAUCAAGUUAUGAAUUUCAAACUGAAUUGACUCCAUUGCUGAGUGAAAUUAGAAAGGAAAUCUACAAAAAUACCAAUUACGAUUCAAUUGAAUUUUCUAAACAUAGAAACACAGUGUGUGGUAUUGAUUUAUAUUAUCCUCACACUAAAGUUUUAAACAUGCUGAAUAGUGCUAUGGUAUUUUACGGGUCAUAUUUAAGACCAAAUUGGUUGUUGAAAAAAUCCAAUAGCUACAGUUAUGAAUUAAUUAAAAAGGAAAUUACUAAUACCGAUUAUUUAUGUAUAGCGCCAGUAAGUAUGGCCUUUAAUGCAAUUGUUACCCUAAUUGAAGAAGGUCGUGAUUCAGUUGAAUUUCAAAAGUUUUUGGAAAAAUUUAAAGAAGUCACUUUUCAUGGUCCACAAGGUAUGACUGUUAUGGGCACCAAUGGCGUUCAAGUUUGGGAUUGUGCCUUUUUCAUUCAGUAUUAUUUUGUUGCUGGCUUGGCUGAAUUACCUGAAUUUAAAGAGGCUAUUACUAAAAGCUAUUUAUUUUUAUGCAGGUCACAAUUUGAUACUGAAUGUGUUGAGGGAAGCUUUAGGGAUAAACGUAAAGGUGCAUGGCCAUUUUCUACCAAAACACAAGGCUACACUGUAUCAGAUUGUACUGCUGAAGCAUUAAAAGCUAUUAUAAUGGUCAAAAAAUCUGCUGUUUACAAAGAAGUUCACGACGAAAUCAGUGAUGCUAGGUUGUAUAAGGCCAUUGACAUUCUAUUAGGUUUGCAAAACAUUGGGUCUUUUGAAUAUGGAUCUUUCAGCACUUAUGAAAAAAUCAAAAGUCCACUAAUGUUGGAAAAACUCAACCCUGCAGAAGUGUUUGGGAACAUAAUGGUUGAAUAUCCCUAUGUUGAAUGUACAGAUUCUUCAGUGUUGGGGUUGACAUACUUUCAUCAAUAUUAUGAUUAUAGGUCCGAAGAAAUCUCCAAAGCAAUCAAACUUGCUGUUGCUUCGAUUAAAAAUUAUCAACAAGAAGAUGGCAGUUGGUACGGCUGCUGGGGUGUUUGUUUUAGUUAUGCAGGAAUGUUUGCAUUAGAGGCAUUAAACAGUGUUGGUGAAUAUUACAAUAAUUCGAAACAUGUUCAAAAGGGUUGUGAUUUUUUGGUUAGAAGACAAAGGAUGGAUGGAGGGUGGAGUGAAUCCAUUAGAAGUUCUGAAACACAUACCUACAUAGAAACAGAACAAAGCUUAGUGGUGCAGACUGCAUGGGUGUUGAUUGGUUUAAUAUUGGCCGAGUAUCCUGACAGGAACGUAAUUGACAAGGGUAUAAAUUUUUUAAUGUCUAGACAAGAUAAAAAAACCGGGAAAUGGUGUUUUGAAGACAUAGAGGGUGUGUUUAACCAUUCAUGUGCUAUUGAAUAUCCAAGUUAUAGGUUUUUAUUCCCAAUCAAGGCUUUGGGAUUAUAUAGCAAACGGUAUUUAUAG